UGUUUGCCCUUGUAACAACACUGCUGACAGCACGAAGCCGAUAAAACAGUAAUCUAAUUCUCUUUUUGUGUACCAAAAUAAAAAAUGACUAAAGGUACAUCAAGUUUUGGUAAACGCCGUAACAAGACCCACACACUUUGCAGAAGGUGUGGAAGGUCUUCCUACCACAUCCAGAAGUCACAAUGUGCCCAGUGUGGAUACCCAUCAGCUAAAAUGCGUUCCUACAACUGGUCGAUCAAGGCUAAAAGGAGGAAGACCACUGGAACUGGCCGUCUUCGCCACCUGAAAAUCGUACGUAGACGUUUCCGUAACGGAUUCCGUGAAGGCAAGCCAGCAGCCAAGAAAUCCACGUAGAUUUAUAAGUCUGUUUAAAAUAAAAUGUUUAUAAAAAACAA